UCUCCUCCUCCUUCUCAGGAACUUCCUUGACUGUGUAUUCUUUCUCUCUCUAGAUUCAAACGCGGGGAGAAAGAAGCUUGGAAAGCACCGGCCAUUCAGAUUCAGAUUUUAGUAGAUAAGUAAAUUUGUAUUUCUUCGAAGCAAAGGUAAAAUUUUCCUUUUCAACUUUUAACACCUUCGCUUCCUCCUUUCAAACUAGUUACUCCGGUUCUGUUCUUUCUGAUCAUAGUAUAGCUGCCCAUUGCUAGAGCUCCGUUUGACUGAUCACCUCUUAUAAUCUGCUCUCGACUCCAGACCUUCUCCUCCUGUUCCAUUUCCAGUCAAGAACAGGCAUUUCAUCGCUGUUGCGAUGAUUUAGUGCUUUGAUUAAAGAAAAAAAAACUGGUCUUUUGCAGUAGCCGUCGAAAAAGGAGCGACCUUUUAGUCGGGUAACUGAUGGCUUCGAGAUCUUACUCUAACCUCCUCGAGCUAGCUUCCGGUGAUCCGCCACCCGUAUGCCGUACUGCCGGCUUCGCACCUCGACUUCUUCCUCCCUCUGCCGCCACCGUUUCAUCCCUCUCCGACGACUCCGACCCUGAUCAUUCGUCUUCUUUGUUUUACUCUUCCCCUCGCACCAUCAUCGUCUCCAACCACCUCCCACUCCGCGCCCGCCGAAACUCCGACGGCUCCGGCUGGUCCUUCUCCUUCGACAAUGAUUCUCUCCUCCUCCAACUCAGAGACUCCCUCCCUUCCUCCUCCAACGUCUUCUUCGUCGGCUGCCUCCGCGACGACAUCAUCCCCCCUUCCGAACAUGAUGAGGUCUCCCAACACCUUCUGCACUCUUUCCGCUGCCUUCCCCUUUUCCUCCCCACGGAACUACACUCCCGCUUCUACCUCGGCUUCUGCAAGCGCCACUUGUGGCCUCUGUUCCAUUACCUCCUCCCCCUCUCCCCUGAACUCGCCUCCCGCUUUGAUCGCUCUCUCUGGCAAGCCUACGUGUCCGUCAACAAGCUCUUCGCCGACAAAGUCCUCGAAGUCAUCAGCCCCGACCACGACUCUGUUUGGCUCCACGACUACCAUCUCAUGGCUCUCCCAACCUUCCUUAGAAAACGUUUCAAUUGCCUAAAGCUUGGAUUUUUCCUCCAUUCCCCUUUCCCUUCCUCUGAGAUCUACCGCACUCUCCCCGUCCGCGAGGAGAUUCUUCGUUCCCUCCUCAACUCCGACCUCAUCGGCUUCCACACCUUCGACUACGCUCGUCAUUUCCUCUCUUGCUGCAGCCGAAUGCUUGGCUUGACCUACCAAUCCCACCGCGGCUAUAUUGAGCUUGAUUACUAUGGCCGUACCGUCAGCAUCAAGAUCCUUCCUGUCGGCAUCCAUUUGGGCCAGCUUCAGCGGGUCCUCUCUCUCCAUGAAACAGAGGCCAAAGUCGCCAGAAUCAUGGAGCAGUUUGCGGAUAAGACGUUGUUGCUUGGCGUUGACGACUUCGAUAUAUUCAAGGGGAUUAGCCUCAAGCUUCUUGCAAUGGAGCAGCUUCUUGCCUCGCAUACGAAAUGGCGCGGCAAAGCCGUGCUUGUUCAGAUAGCUAAUCCUGCUAGAGGCCGUGGGAAGGACGUGAAGGAGGUGCAAGCUGAGACCUUUUCUAUUGUGCAGAGGAUUAAUGAUACCUAUGGUAAUUCAAAUUACAAGCCGGUCAUUCUCAUCGACAAGCCCCUUCCUUUCUAUGAAAGAAUGGCUUAUUAUGUUGCUGCCGAUUGCUGCUUGAUCACAGCAGUUCGGGAUGGCAUGAAUCUGAUCCCUUAUGAAUAUAUCAUUGCAAGACAGGGCAAUGAGAAUUUGGACAGAGUUCUCGGUUUAAGCUCCGGCGUGGCAAAGAAGAGCAUGCUUGUGCUGUCAGAGUUCAUUGGUUGUUCUCCUUCUUUAAGCGGGGCUAUUAGAGUGAACCCAUGGGACAUUGAGGCAGUCUCUGAUGCUAUGGAUAGUGCAUUGGAGAUGCCUGAGACUGAGAAGCAGCUAAGACAUGAGAAGCAUUACCAGUAUGUGAGCACACAUGAUGUUGGCUAUUGGGCUCACAGCUUCCUACAAGAUUUAGAAAGGACAUGCAAGGAUCACUUGACAAGAAGGUGCUGGGGAAUUGGCUUUGGGUUGGGAUUCAGAGUCGUCGCACUUGAUAACAACUUCAAGAAGCUAUCAAUGGAGCGGAUUCUCGCCGCGUAUCGGAGGACGAAAACCCGAACUGUGCUGCUGGAUUAUGAUGAUACUGUGAUGCCACAUUCAACGAUCGAUAAGAGACCUAGUUCUAAGUUAGUUGAGAUAUUGAAUACCCUCUGUAAUGACAAGAACAAUCUCAUCUUCCUGGUGAGUGCGAAGAGCCGCAGUACUUUGAGCGACUGGUUUGGUAACUGUGGGAAUUUGGCAAUGGCGGCAGAGCAUGGCUGUUUCCUUAGGUUGAAGAGAGAUUCAGCUUGGAAGACCUGUGUGCCGUUGGUUGGCUGCGACUGGAAACAUGUAGCAGAGCCUAUUAUGAAGCUUUACACUGAAACAACUGAUGGUUCCACCAUAGAAGACAAGGAAACUGCUCUUGUCUGGUCCUAUGAGGACGCUGAUCCAGAUUUCGGCUCUUGCCAAGCAAAAGAGCUUCUCAAUCAUCUCGAGAGCGUCCUUGCCAAUGAACCUGUCUCUGUCAAGGUUGGCCAUCAUAAAGUAGAAGUCAAGCCUCAGGGUGUGAACAAGGGCUUGGUGGCGGAGCGAAUGCUUUCGACUUUGAGGGCCAAGGAACUUGUUCCUGAUUUCAUUCUGUGUAUUGGAGAUGAUCGGUCCGAUGAACAGAUGUUCGAGGUCAUAAGCAAUGCCAUGGCUGAUUCUUCUUUGUGCCAAAAAGCUGAGGUUUUUGCAUGCACGGUGGGGCAGAAACCAAGCAAGGCUAAGUAUUAUCUGGAUGACACAACGGAGAUUAUGAGGCUGAUGGAAGGCUUGGCCUCUGUUUCUCUCUCAGAACAAGAACAUGGGAGCUCAAGCUCUGCUAGUCUAAAUGAUUUAGAUGGUAUAGUACAAGUUAGUGAUGCAAAAAAGAUUUUUGAUUGAAUGACAAUGAUUAUUUGUUGUUAGCUUGUAGGCGCAUAGAAUUGCUUGAUCUCUUUCUAAACGUUCAUGUUCGAGUUUGGCUGUAAAUAUGUGGGGCUUUGGACCGUUUGUCUUUGCUGCAUCAUUUCAUUUACUUAUGCUUUUGUGAUGGAAAACCGUACAUAAUCAUA